GGCUCUUGCGCCUGCCACUCUCUGGAGACCAAGCCUGUUCGUCUAAGGUAGUCUGAGUGGAGAAAGUAAUGAAGAUGGAAGGAGCUGAUGUUGAUGAAUUAUUGAGGAGAUUUAUGGAGUAGCGAGGUGAUAGCUGUUUAUUCGUCUCGCCGGAACGAUACGGGACAGCGAUACCAGGAAACUGACUGAUAGCAUGCCCGUAAGUAAACACCAACUUCCAUUGGUUUACUUGGUGUCGCGCCUUAGCCAGAAGCUAGCUAACGAGCAAGCUAAUCUGUAAGCAAGGAUGGUGACAGCUCGAAGUCAUUCAGCAAGUCCACAGAGGGAGUGAGACAGCCGUGGGUUAUUUUACAGGCUCUGCCUGGCGUAAGUUUACCAAUGCAGAGUAUUAUAUAAUAAGAAAAGCCAGAGUUUCCCAUUGAGCUGCAUGUUUUAAGGACAGAGCUGUUUAACCGCAAGCUGGGGUCCCCGAGUGUCAUUGAGAAAAACUAGCUGGUUAGCAAAGUGUCAGUAAGCUGCAGGUUUAUUUAGAGGUUAUAGUCGUGAGGAAGUACGAAAUAUAAUAACAAAGGUCAUAAAAAAAAAACUUCAGCACAUCAAGGAGGCAAACCUUUUUGCUGUUGCAGCAAGAUAACACAAGGACAGACUUUGUACCUGACUUUAUUCAGACCCUGAGAGAGAGAGAGAGAGAGAGAGAGAGAGAGAGAGUGUGUGUGUGUGUGUGUGUGUGUGUGUGUGUGUGUGUGUGUGUGUGUGUGUGUGUGUGUGUGUGUGUGUGUGUGUUAGCUGCCUGGUAGAAUACUUGUUCAGGUGCCUCAGGUGAUUCCUACGUGUGCGCGCGCGCCAGUACGCCAGACGGCAUUGUUAGAUAAUGCGUUGUUAGGAUUUUUCUAAUAGCUGUCAUGUGAUGCAGCUUUCCUCUGCAGCUCUCAGUCACUUCAGGGGUUUCCUGUCUGAGUGUGAAACUUGACACUGUUGCUCAGAGAUGUGCUCGUUUUGCCGGUGUUUAACAAGUAAAAUAAUUCACUUCCAGUUUCUGCACUUCCUUAGUUUUGGGUUUUUAGUUGCGUGACAGUCAGUGUUUAUCGUACACCCAAUCCAAUGCAACCCAAUACAUCUGCUCUUUCGCAGCUUCUUCAUUUUCAGAGUUUUUGCACGAAUUCCUGUGACAAUGGACAACGUGGCACAGAGGCAACUAGUCUGUGGCUCAAUGAAGCUCACAUUGCUUUAAUAGUGGCCCUGAGCCCUUCUCUUCAUGAUACCCCAGAGAUUCUCUGUGGGGUUCGGGUCAGGCGAGUUGGCUGGCCGAUCAAGUGCAGUAAUACCAUAAUCACCAAACCACUUUCUGGUAGUUUUGGUUGUGAGCAGGUGCAGGUUCUGCUGGAAAAGGAAAUCUAGAGUUUCCUCAGUAGACAGAAAUAUGAAGUGCCCUAAAACCUCCUGGUAGACUUUAAGCUGUGUUGACUCUGGACUUGAUAAAACACAAUAGACCAACAGCAGCAGGUGACAUGGCACCUCAAAUCAUGGACUGUGGAAACUUCAUGCUUGACUUCAAGUACUUGAGAUUCUGGGCCUCUCUGAUCUUCCUCCAGAUACUGUGACCUUGAUUUCCAAAUGAUAUGCAAAACUGACUUUCAUCUGAAAACAGGACUUCGAACCACUCAGCCAUAGUUCAGUUCCUUUUCUUCGUAGUCCAGGUGGUGUUGUCUCUGGUUUAGGAGUGGCUUGAUAGUAAGAACACGACACAUGUAGCCCUGAUCUGAAACAUCUACUGGAUUUGAUCUAGACCAGUGGUUCUCAAGUCUAGUCCUUGAGGCCCACUGUCCUGCAUGUUUUGGAUGUUUCCCUGCUCUAACACACCUGAUUCAAAUGAUUAGCUCGUUAUCAAGCUCUGUAAUGGCUUAAUAACGAGCUAAUCAGUGGAAUCAGGUGUGUUGGAGCAGGGAAACAUCCAAAACAUGCAGGACAGUGGGCCUCGAGGACAGGACUUGAGAACCACCGAUCUAGACAAAAUGAUCUCAGAGGCUUUACAGGCUUUUUUGAACACAGUUUCAGAUGUGUGAAAAUGCCAAAGAGGCUGAUUUCACUGUUAUUUACACGCCAAAGACCACAUCGAAUGUUGUCCUGAUACAGAACCACUAAACUGAAACCUGUCAGACUCAGGCCAAAUUAUCUCAGGGAAGCUAUAGACCUUUCUCGAGCACGGUUACAGGCUACAUUGGACCUGGUCACGAGAAAAAAAGGGAAAGUUCCCUCUUUUUGUAUUUUCAAAAAUUUGAAACUGUGUUGAAAAAGAUCUCCAGACUCUCUGGGAUAUUCUAGUUAAUACCUUAGAAGUAGGCCUGAACGAUAUAUCGUUUGACUAUCGUCAUCGCGAUGUACGUGUGUGCGAUAGUCACAUCGCAGAGCCUGCGAUAUUGGAGGUGAAUGAACUCAUUUAAUUUCAAGGGUAACCGACUGAGAUACACUCCAUGUGACUCUGCAUGUGCUGUGCAGCGAUCCACCAAUCGCCUUCGUCCUUAACUCAGUUGCCAAUCAGACUACCCUGCCAGCUGUCAAUCAAAAUCAGGGAGGAGAAAACCCACCCCUGCACAUGUUCUGCACAUGGAGGGAGACGUGUGUCCGCUGAGAAUUACUUUCGGAACUUUACUGACUGUUAAGCCCAACAAAUAAGAACUGUAUGGGUUUUAAAUUGUACAUUUCCGUGGACCACUCUACUAUGAGCAGUGCGCGUUUUGCGAGGUGCAUGCAAUUCUCGGAGGACAUGCGUUUCUCGGCACAACACCGCUAACAACAACAACAACGAUCGCAAAAUGAACAACGAACAAGCGAAAACCACCGAAAAUGAAGAUUUGUUGCCAAAAAGAAAAGGAAAGUCAGUUAUCUGGAAUUAUUUCGGUUAAAAGAAGGAUGGUGUCGACCAAAACACGUGUUCUGUGUUCAUCUGUUGCCACAAUAACGUCCCAGCACAAUAAAAGCUAAAAAUAUCUCUGAGACAGACAGAAGCCGUUCUACUAACAUUCACAAAAAGAGGUAAGAUCAGAGCAGGUUAACUGUCCUCAAGAUUUCAGCAGUGCAGCAUAACAUUAAGUGCUAUUCAGGUCAUCUGGUGAAAAUACUGUAUUUUUAAUAUCGCAAUAUAUAUCGCAGGGUUGAAAAAAUCGCAAUAUUAUUUUUUUCCAAUAUCGUGCAGCCUUACUUAGAAGUCUAGUUAAAGUGGUUUUAAAUCAGGACCAGGUUUUCUAAACUCCUUAAUAGAUGACUCAGAAGCUGUGAACCAGAUGCUAUCUCUUCAGUGCCGCUCUUGGUGUACGCCUUUGUCACUGCGGAGAGUUUUAACCUCCAGUCACAGAUGAGUUUGUCAGGAGGCUGAUUGUGCACUGUUGAAGUGGUGUCCUUAGGUCAGAAUGUGUGUGUUCAUAGGGAAAAAACUCUGAGCAGGCUAGUUAAUGUGCCCCAUCCUCUGCUGCUAGUGUCUCUUAAUGCUUUCUGACAGAAAAGCCCGCCAGGUCGUGGACCAAGAAGAUGGUGCGUGCUCUGCUGUCAUCCAGCAUCACAGCUAGUCCCUGAUGCCUGAGGUUUCCAUGAAAUAUCCCUGUGAACUGAGCGAUUGGAACAAUUGCAGGACUUUCAUUUUUUGUUAAAUGCUUCAGUGAAGAACAUCAAAACUUUACUUUUCCUCUGAUACUUUUAUCACUCUGCAGAAACAAUCAAAUGGAGCAAAUUUACUGCAACAAAAGUGAUACUUCAACAUAAAACCUUAGGCUGAACAUUAAGUGCUUAUGAGAGAGUUGUUAUACCCUGGCAUGAAGACAAAUGGAGAGGAAGGAGGGCAGAUAAAAGGCAGUGUUAAUUUGUAAAAUCAGGGAUCUUAAUCACUCGCCUCCUCAGGCUCUCUCGAUGCAGCAAGACAGGGAAUUGGAAGGGAGGAGAGAGGAGGAACGAAGACGCAUCACUGGCUUAGAGGCAACGGAGAAAAGAGCGUAGGCUGCUAUAAGAGGAUUCCUCCCUGUCAGAUCUCUCUAUCUGUCUCCCACAGCAGCAAAAAACCACACACAACCACACACACAGACACACACACAAACCACAGACUCUGUUGUCAUGUCUACUUUGCUACAGGCUGUAAGUACCCUGCUGUAUUUGUGUGUGCAUGAAUGUGAGUAAAAGCAGAAGCAGAAAAACAGAACCUCAAAGCUCAGAGCAACCUGCUGUCAAAGAGGACCUAGGAGGGGGGGAAGUAAGGUGGGAGGUGAUGAUGCAACAGGGUUAAGCACAGGCCAAGAUAGUCCAAAUAAAGACGACAGCAUGAGAAAAAUGUGAUACGCACUGAAAAGGGAUGUCAAAACAAGAUGGUCGAGUUACAGUGAUGGAUAGCUCUAAGCAGGGCUGCUGGUCAAGAUGUGAGCUCCUGGUUUGUUAAAGGCUCUGCCCUUUAUCACCUCGGUUACAUAACAUGACUUCACCUUUACAGUGUCUCAGAAUAGUUCCUUAAUGGCGUUUGCUUUCAUUCAAGUUGAAGGAAACUCAACACACCAGCUUUUUAAAGGUUGAGCAUUAAUGGGAUAGUCUCUGUUACAUUUCCUGUUUCUUACGUUGGUUGUCAUGGCUUUUUGGUGGUUUGGGUGUGUCUGCACAUGAGUUGAGUCAGCUUGGUAUACCUCAGCAACUUUUUUUCCCCCAUUAUUCGUUCCAUGUUACAGCUCUUCAUAUUCCUGUUGUUGUCACCCCUCAGGGAAGUGAUAUGGGUGUCAUUACUAUUAUCAGUCCAAGCAGUAGCUUGUCUGGCUCGUCUUGCACCCUGUACCACAGGAAAAAGCAGCUGGGGCGGCUUCAAAAACCCACCCACUUUGUCUUUUUGGCUCUGCUUCCUUUCUUCCCUUCAUUCAAGCCUUCAACCUCAUUGGCCCACUCACUUCCUCAAAGGUUCCCAAGCAUAUGUGUAAUAGGAACUGUGGUAAUCAGAAGGCAGGGAUAUGAAUGUGUGUGGGUGUCUUCCUAAAUCAUUCUCAGUGGAACUCCCUUGAAUUCCCUCUCGCACCGGCUUUCCCAGACAGGUACGUUGAGCUUAGAGGAAGCUUUCAUGCUCAGAAAGUGCUGAUUUUCUCGCUGUUUGUCUAAGUAAAGGCAUGCGGGUGUGUAAUUCUCUCUCCGGUGUGUUGCUGUCGCUCUGUCAGGACAUGUGAACACACUUACAACAAGGAUUAGGAAUGUAAACUCAAAGGAGACCUGUUUGUGUUGGAAGGAGGAGUCAAAAAUAAGCUCAUUUACUAUGCCAGCCCUGCUUGUUGUUGUGUGUUACAUGGAGGCGAAGACAGAAGUGUGGGUGUAAAUGCAGGAGGAAAAAAGCGUCAACUUUAGCUCACUCACAGGAACAGGUUUUGUCGAACCAGGCAUCGAAUAAACACUCUUGCACACACACACACACACUUGUGCAAUGCAUGACACAUUCUCCAUCUCUCUGCAAGCAGUUGGCCCCGUCAGAGCUAAGCAUUUGUGAAAAACUGAGUAAGCCACAGCGAGGCUACUAAUCACAUGGGUUAGAUCCAUUUCUUGUGCUUGUUUACAUCACAAAGAGGCAUGUGUUUCAAUGUCUUGGAGGGUGCCGGGGGCAGCACUGAUGGAAACGUAAUGAACUCUCUUCUUUUAUUGACUCCUCUGUCUCUCUCCUGCCCAGUUAUCCUUCCCUUGGGUCAUCAUGCGUUCCUUCUACCCCUCAUCUCUUCCACUGUACAUCCAUUUAUCCCUUCCUCAAUUCAUUUAGCCAUUGAUCUGCUCUCUGUUUAUCCCUCUUCUCUGCUUAUCCAUCCCUUUGGUGGAGUCAUCGUGCAGCUACUUGUUCAUCCCUUCACUGGUUUGUUACUUAUUCUUGUUGAGCCUGCUCAGCCACUUAUUCCUAACACUGAUUUAUUUGUGUUUGUGUGUGUGUAUGUGUGUGUGCGCACGAGUGUGUGUUUGUACUGGUCAAUGUGCUAAAGUUUCACAGAAAAAGCUCACCAGCUGCUGCAUCACUGAAAGUGAGUCUCUGGUGUAUAUUAAUGUCUGUCCUCAUCUGUGGGUCUCUAAUAACACAGAGAUAGUGAACAGUUAGUUACCCUGAUGAAGAUAGAAGACAGUCAUCGGCCUAAUGACAUAAUUACGCUCAGCUGUGUACUCCUAAGGGCAAUUACUAUUCUGUUUUCCACUGCUGGCUGUUUGUACUCCUGUCUCUUGAGAUUUGGAUUCAGUUAUUGAUUGAAUCAUCUGUAUUUGAGCAGGUAAGUAGCCAAGUGUACAGAGCUUUGGGAUUAAUUAUCUAAGUGCAAGAAAAUUAAUGGACUGCAUAUUCAUGAAGGGUGAGAAAAAAAAUCGAUACAGCAUAGUAUCGCGAUAUUGGGUCUGGUGAUAUAUCGUAUCGCGUCAUUGACCAUGCAUUGAUUUUUUCAAAUUAAUAGCUAAUAUGAAAGAGACAAACAUUAGGGAAAGACAAAUGCAAAAUUAGCUAAACAAUUCAAAAAAAUAUAUAAAUCGCAAUAUAGUGUAUCGCAAUAUAUCGCUGUAUUGCAAAAUGUUUAAAAUCACAAUAAUAUGAUAUCGUGGCCCAACUAUCGUGAUAAUAUGAUAUCGUGGCCCAACUAUCUUGAUAAUGUUGUAUCGUGGCCCAACCAUUGUGAUAAUAUUGUAUCGUGGCCCAACUAUCGUGAUAAUAUGAUAUCAUGGCCCAACUAUCUUGAUAAUAUCGUACCGCGGUCUAAGUAUCGUGAUAAUAUAAUAUCUUGGGGCCACUAGUGAUUCCCACCCCUAAUAUUCAUUAAAUGAGGAAGACUUCCCUAGUCUGAUAUUUUGCUGCUCUUCUUUGUUUAAAACAAAACCAAGAGGUCCGCUUUGGCUCCACAUGACUGAAAUGUUUUGCUCAUUUUAUUUUCAAAAUCAACUUAUCAGUUUAAGACAAAAUCAACAGAUUAAAAAAUUAUAUAAAGAUGGCUAGAGCUCAACUUUCUGAUGCACACUGAGGCAGAUAUGUGGGUGUUUGCAAGUUCAGUAGUUGUUGCAGAGAGAACUGAAAGAGUAAUCGUUUGAUCAAGUGGCUAUUGAAAAGGACAUAAAGUGUCAACAACCCUAACAAUGAGUCGUAAAUGCCUAGUAGAGCUGCACAAAAAAAAAAAAAAAACACGUUUAGAACAGUUUCCUAUCCAGAUUACAGAUUUAAUGAAACCCAGUUCAACAGAAAUGUGCAAAAAGUGCAGAGAAUUGGAGAAAUAACACACACAGAGCAGUAUGCAGAAUCAAACAGGAGAGAGAUUGUCCAGAGCAGCAUACAGUAGCCUCAAUGAAAUACAGUGUCUCCCAGUUUGAUAUCAGGCCAUUGAACAAGUUGCUGACUGCUUUACGAUCAGAUUGCACAGUUGAAUUAGAUUUUAUAGGCCUGCUGUACAUUACACAGAGGGAGGUGCUGUACAAUUUGGUGGCCAGGGGCAAGAAUGACUUCCUGAAAAUAACAGAAAGCGUUUGAGAUAUUUUGCACCCUUAAAAAGACGUUUUAAACUUGACAUUCAGCAAACAUCUAGAUUAAUGUAACAGUAUCUUUGCAUGUUUUUCCACUUACACAUAUUUUUCUGUCAUGAGCCUCAAAAUAUAUCUACCAGAGGGACAUUUGUGUAUAGUACAAGAUAAAAAAUACUGAUAUGUACGGGCAGGGAGUGAUCUCAACUUCACAACAAAGUGAUUUGUUUGUGAAAAUAAAAUCUUACUCAUGGAUAUUUAUGUAAAUUAGUUAGUAGUACAUCUUUUUAGAUUUAAAGGUGGAUUCCGUUAAAGACACAUCUUUUUUUUGUAGUGUAUAUACAAAAAAGCUUUUAAUAUCAGUCAAUAUCUAUUAGUUAUGGAUGGAAUUUGGUAAUAUAACGAUAUCGCUGUGUUCUCUUAUGUCUGUUUAGUCAACAUUUAAAAAUUUUUGAGCGGCCCGCUCUUUCUGACUGUAAACAAAGCCAUCCUCCACCUCCCCCAAACUGAUUGGUUGUGAGCUAGAUGCUGCUCCUUAGUGCUGAUUGGUUGUGAAGCAGACGGUGCUCCCUCCCUCGUGUUGUGAGGCACGCUCCAUGUCCUCGAAUUACGUGCACGAGCCCAAAUGGGACCUGCUGCAUGUUGUAGUGGCACUAAACUGUUUAGCUCAGGUCCUGGAGUAUGUCACUUUAUCCUUGUUGUAGAAGUCCUGUAUGAUUUCCCCCAAAAACUGGCACUUCCUCAGAUCCUUCCUACCCCACCUUUGUGGCUCAGCGGUAGUUGGUCGUCUCCCAGCUGGAAGGUCAGGGCUGUCCGCAAGCUGAAGUGUCCUUAGGCAAGACACUUGACCCCACCUGCCCCUACUGGGCUGGCUGCACUCAGUGAUGUGUGAAUAGGAUUAGUCAAAACUGAUGAGCUCUAUACAUAGCAGCCUCUGCCAGCAGUGUGUGAAUGUGGUGUGAACGGGUGAAUGUGCCAUGUGAUGUUGAAGUGCUCUGAGAGGUCAGAAGACAAGAGGAAGUGCUUUAUGAACAUAGUCUGUUAACCAGAUUUGAUACACCCUUAUAUAUAUGCAUGAGAUGGUUCUGUCACCAGUUUUCCCCUGAUAAGCUUUCUAAACAGUCUUAGGUGGGAUAUCUCACAAGGUUUUGCAUCCAGAGACUACUUGAUAGUAGGGAUGGGCGAUAAAUUAUCGUUCAAGAUUUAUCGUCAGAAAAUUCCUCUGUGAUAAAUAUUUGCUGCAUCAUGAUAAAAUGAUAAAUGCAAGUUGAUGAUGUAAUUGCGAGUAAGCAGAAUAAUAAACAAACAUGGCUGAAGGUGAUGAAGAAGACAUUUCUGAGCAGCUGGCUCCACAUGAGGGAUUUCCUUCAAGAUUGGUUUAGACAAGUGCAGUCAGGUAUGCUUGACAUCGAACAGUGGAUCUGCUGCUGGUCACUCUGUGCAAUAAGAGUUUCAACAAAUGUUGAAAGUCUUUUCACAUUUGAUACUUGUUUGACGUCAUUAGUUUUCUCCAUAACCUACCACUCAAACCUGCGGUUAAGUAUCUAAUUUGAUUAUUCCAACUGGUAUUCUCACAACAAAAUGUGUCAAAAAUAUAGAUGGGGGUUAUAAUAUUUUUUAUCCAGACUUUUAUCGUUAUGGCCAGCUUAGCAAAUCUUUUCGUGAUAAAUUUUUUAGCCUAUAUCACCCAUCCCUACUUGAUAGGCAUUUCAAGAGGGAUAUUUUCAGUCCACAUGUUUAUUAUUUCAGGAUUUCAAAAACCUCAAAAAAAUCCCACAAGUUUUGAACUGCUCCAGUAAACUACCUCAGCCUGCAGCCUUAUCCUGAGCCCAGUCUUAGUGCAGUCAUCCAGAGUAUGAGUUAUCCAGUAUUUGACUUUUACCUGGUAAUGCUGAUGUGGCUGGUUCAACUUCUUCUGUCUCAGGCUCAAGUUACUCGUUGAUGAUGCUCAACUUUGCAUGUCUUGUCAUGAUAUUGACAUAUACAGUACUGAGCAGCUGAAGCCUGUGACUGUAGCUUGUGUCUGAGUGUCAAAACUCUCCUGAUGCUUUUGUGUCUCUGUAGCAGCGUCUUGGAUUUUCUUGGAAAAGCAGCUGAUGACUCAAGUGUAAAUUUGUCCCUUUGUGGACACAGAUGUUAGCACUUUAGAUGCUAGUUUGGACAGAGUCAACCGGUUCAAAGUGUCUCUGUAGGAGGACACACAUCCUCUUAAAGGUCUGACUCAUCCAUGUCCUAUUCACAGACUUUCAUUAUAUCUACAUUAGGAGAGCCUUCCAUUCAAACGCACACUACAGCUUUAGAUCCCCUCUCCUCCUCCUCGUAGUUGUCACUAACCUGAAAACAAAAACAGACCACAAAGGACUAAUUUCUCCAAAUGGAGGCUAUUCUGCCUCAUAAUCCUUUCCCAUUUCAUGAGUCACCGGCUCCCCUCCCCCUUUGUCGUGCCUGUCGUUGGUACAGUCCAUAAAUAGACACCUGGCUGCCAUGGAGGGACCAAGCACCAGAAUAAUACAGAAUAAAGCAUCUGGGUGUGUGAAAGACAGAUUAGAGAGCAGAGAAAGACAGGAAGAGGGAGAAAUGAGGAUCAGUGGAGGGGUGAGGAGGGUCAGCAAAAACAGGAAAAGGAAGAGAUGGAAAAUCAAUCAUAAUCAUGUUUUUAGAAUAAAAUAUAUGAUCUGUUGUGGUUUGAAACAGGGUCCAUGAACUUGUGCCUCUGUAAUAUUCUCUUUUUUAAUCCAAAGUCUCCUCCACAGUAUGUUUGAAACAUUUUCUUAUCACAGCUGGAAAGAUUAGCACUUUAAAUAGACGUUAAUGUGGAAGUGAGAGGUUUUAAAAGGUGGAAUUAUGUCACCUCCAGCUCUGAUUCAGGCACAUGUUUCUGCAUGGUAAGUGUGCUCAUGGAGGGACUUACCCACCCCCCCACCCCCCCUUUCCUUUUACUCAGCCUCUGUUACCAGGCUUACCAAACAUGGACUUUGUUUCUGCAUUCAUCAUCAGCCUAUUUAGCCCCGUGCUUGUAAUUUCAAAGCGCUUAGACAUGCAGUGAACGCUGGUGGAAAACAUGCAACCCCUCAGAGAUGCAAGAAGAGGACUGGACCUACUUCCCUCAGCUGAAAGCAUCUGUCUUUGGCUGGCUGUCUUAUGAUGACUGCCAUGGUGCACAGGUGAUUAAGCUGACUUUUAAGGCUAAAACAUACAGGAUCCAUAUUGAGCGCGUAUCAUCAGUGUCGCACAUCACGCAGCAAAUAGUUCCAUUCUAAUCAAUGCAGCAUCACAUACAGGACGCGUAUCAGCUCUGUAUCAGAUGCGUGUCGAGUGCUGCUCUGCUGAAGAUACGCGCCUAAUCUAUUUUUGCUGCUCUACACUUCCAAAACACGUCAAUCUACACAGAGAAGAUCAUUCAAGACAGGAAGUCAAGCAUGAAAAAACGCUCAGAUCAUCUAGUAUUUUAAAAUAAGACACCAUUUGCAGACUCCCGACUGUGUAUCAGUUCGUGUAGAUGAGAAAUACUUCCUGGUUUGACGGUCCAAUCCGAUGGUCAAUCCCUGAUCCAUGUGGACCCCAACAGGACUUUUAACUGCUAACUCUGUCUGAAGGUAACAACACAGCAUAAAGGAACAUAGUUUACUUUAUUAAAAACGAGUAAACUUCCAAAAACUGUAAAAUCACGUUAUUUCACAUACAGUAGAAGCUCAACAUUCACUGAAUUAUAUCCAAAUUAGCAGGAAAUAGACCACAGAAAGGGAAAACUACCUGUUGUGAGCAUGUUGUUUCCUCUAUACUGAGCUACGCUGCUGCUACGCUCCAAAUACGCAUCCUGUAUGCGAUACCCAGGGCUGCUCUACGAAGCAGAGACGCGAUACCGACGGAACGCACUCAAUACGGAUACUGUAUGUUUUCAUCUUGAGAGACAGUCUUGUUUUCACAUUUAUGCAUUUUUUUAAAUUCUUUAUCGUGUCAUCACAGAUUUAAUUAUCACAGCUAAUUAAAUUUUGUUAUUGUCAAAGCAAAAAAAAAAAAGAAAGGCUUGAGGGCAAACAAGAAGAUAAUCUCUUAAGAAGGCAGUGAGUAGUUGGUUUGACAUUUUUUCCCAGACUGGAUUAUUUUAAGAUAUUGGAUUAAAUAUCUCUAAUUAUGGGAUGGAAGUUCAAAAACAGUCAGAUAUUCAUAGUCCCCCAGGGGAUGAUCUAGGGAUCCAAACAAACUCUGCUUGAGUCACUUUAAUUCUUUUCAGCUAUUUUCCUCUCAUUGUUCAGUCCUUCUCUCUGUCCUUUAAAAAAAAAACACUCUCUCCUUAGUUAAAACUCAGACACAGAAGAGAUUGGUAAGUCAUCUUGAGCGAAAGAAGCAGCACUCGAAGUCAGGGUUUCCUAGAGAAAAAAGAAAAGCUCUCGCUUGAGUCGAGUGCCUCGAGGUGGAGAGAGAGAGAGAAAGAGAGAGAGAGAGAGAGAAGUUGUGAUGCGGACAGUGUAAGGGCUGGGAUGAGAAGCGAGGGAUUUCAGAAAUUGCCAAACGUGAUGGAGCCAGAGAUGACGAGUAAAUGUUAGUGAAAGCAGGUAAGAGCCUCUUCUUCUGUCUGUAGAUCAGAGACUGCCUGUUCAACAAGCCUUCAAAUUCAGCUCGAUGAAACGAACAUGCUGAAGCCAGCCAGGUUUUCUCUCUCUGUGUGGGAGAUGUUUUUUUUUUUUUCUGUUUGCAAGCCUGAACUGAGAUGAGGUUAGGUACUUGCUGCAGAGGUGUGUGUGUGUGUGUUUGUGUGUGUGUGAGUGUCUGGAGAGAGAAGGAGAGACUUAUGUUUCUUUGGAGUUUUGAAUCCGCGCCUGCAACAACGUGUGCAGUCACUGCUCACCACUGCCGUGACAUUGUUUGCUGUGUGUAACAGAAUAUUAAUAGCACAUAAUAGCAAGCUGGCAAACAUGGAAGGAGCCUCGUUGAAGCUCUGACUGCUUUCGUGCGCUCUGUAUUUGUAUUUGCUGUGCAUCAAUAAUAAUGCAAAGUGUGUUUGAUCUCUUCCAGGUAGAGGUGACUCCACUGCAGAUGAGGGAACAUGUUGGCUAUGGACCAAGGAGUGGUGGAGGAAUGGCUGUCAGAAUUUAAGGUACCGCUGCUCUCUCUCCUUGUCUGUGUGAUUUUGCAAAAAGCAAUAUCAAAAAGCCCCCACCCUUCAUCAGUAUGCGGCGUGUUUCAUGCUGCUGUUUUUUAUUGGCAAAAUUUCUCCCUCACACACAAACAAACACACGCUCAGAAGUGCCUGCUGCCUGAAAAUUGCUGCUCACACAUUGAGCAUUCGCCACCUGAUACGUGACAGCUACAGAAGCGGAGGCUCGUUGGGGGUAAUACUGGAGGAGAAAAUUAGAUUUUCCUGUGCGGUGCAGGAGGAGCGACUUGUCGUCCACUCUCCAUGCAGCUGACUUCCAAAACAAUCAGAUGGAUGCAGCCUGCCUGCACUUACAGCAGUCAAGCAGAAUGUGAUAUAUAGUCGUCUUGGUCUUGAUUUUAAUUCCAUUUAUUUUCUUGACACCAUAAUUUUGUGCAGACCUGAAAUCACAUCUGAACUCAUAGGCAGCGAGUGUCUAAUCUGAACAGAUCAGAUUCAUGCUGCAUCAACAAAUGUUCAGCUUACUAAGUUGUCAUGCUGUGUGUUUAUUUUUAGAUUUCAGUCAAGUCAGUCGUGCCUGAAUUCUCUGCUGUUUCUGUGUGUUUAUUUUAGACCCUUCCUGACAGCGCUGUGUCCAACUAUGCCGCCUCAUUAAAAGAAAAAGGUUCCCUGGUACCGGCUCUCUACAAGGUCAUCCGAGAGAACUACAGUGAUGUAUGGGCACACAGUUUAACGUUUGAAUUCAUGUUAAUAUUAUUUAUUGUUAAACUUAGAUGGAAGCAUUUGUCUGGUUUCCUGUCCCAUGUUUCACCUGUGGAUCUUCUGCUGUUCUUAAAGUUGUUCAAGCUUCAUCUUUACAAAAUAACAAAGCCUACAGCCAGAUGCAAAAUGUGCAACAGAUGCAGUAAAAAUGUUUCUUUGCACCUGUGUUUUGUGGUUUUCCGUGUCCCCCCUCCCAGCUGCUGGAGCCCGUGUGUCACCAGUUGUUCGAGUUUUACCGUAGCGGUGAGCCACAGCUGCAGCGUUUCACACUUCAGUUUUUGCCAGAGCUCCUGUGGAGCCUCCUGUCCGUCAGCGCAGCCAGAGACCCUCACACCUCCGGCUGCAUCGAGGCCCUGCUGCUGGGCAUUUACAACCUGGUAGGUGGGAGGAAGAGGGUGGGUGGUUGUGGUGGGUGCGUGUGUGUGCAUGAGUAGUUUUGCAGCGCCACUAUUCUUUGUCACAGCUGAUCUUUUUUUUUUUUCCCCGGCUCUGCCUCAUGUGUUUUGAAAUAUUACUUCAUGCAUUUUUAUGCCUUAUUAGACAGCUGUGCGUGCUCUGUUUCAGGAAAAAGGAGUUUAGAGAAAAGGGGAAUUGAAAAACAAUGACCUUGCAAAUAUGGAUGGGCUGCCCCUUGCAAACUCCCUGAAGCUUCCUGCAGAGAGAUGCAUGCACUUGUAGUUAUUAGAGUGUCUUGACCCCUAUUUCCAUCCAUCUGACUCUGCAUCUGCAGUCAGUCUAUCAGCAGAGCACAGUGUCCUUUAACUUCCUCUUUGAAUAACAGAAUAGGUCAGCUGUCGCUCAACUCACUAGCAGCCUCCCGUUAAUCUAUCUGACAUUAACAUGCACCGAGGGGGAGACCAAAACCCCGGGAGUUGUGAGUGUGCAUAUGUGUACAAGUAUGUUUACACAAAACACACACAAAUAACUGAAGAGACAUACACCAACAGGCUGAGUGGGGAAGCAAGACCCCUGAGGUCCACUCAUAAACACCCACUCAUUUCUGAUGAGUGUGCUUGAAGAGAUAAGCUUUUGUCUUUGUCGCCCACGGAAAGAUUUUCUCAUUUGUGUCUUUGUGUUUGUGUCUCACAGGAAAUAGUUGAUAAAGAUGGACAGAGUAAAGUGUUAUCUUUCACCGUUCCUUCCCUCUCUAAACCCUCGGUCUACCAUGAGGUAAGAAUCACACAGAAUUACACAGAAUAGGUCUCAUUCAUGAAAUGCGAGCGGAUUGAAUCCGUGCGACUUUAUGCAAAAGGAAAUGUAAGCGUGUUCAGACAUGCGUCAAUAUUUGAGUGUCUCUGAUCUUUCAGCGGGUGCUAAAAAAAUGUACAUCUGGUCCUACUUGCAUGUAGUUGUCGCAUAGGUAAAGAAUGCACAAAAUAUAAAUCACUGUUUCAAUUCAUGUCCUGAUCUGAUCUGUUUGCUUAUAGGAAGAUGUCUUUGAAACAUGCAAAAAAUCCAAAAAGUCACAUUAAGCUUUGAGCUUCAGAUAAUGGAGCAGUGGGAGGUGACUGGUUUAGCCGUAAGAAUGUAGCCUGCUUAUAUAGUUGCAUGUACACCGGGCCUAAAGGUACCAGAUCAAGAGAAAGAAAUAACAGACAAAUUCAGAUCAGUGUGUUUGUGUGCACAGGUUGCAGUUCACACCUCAGCGGUUUGCAUCUAGCAUCUGCAUCUAGCUAUGAAUUUUUUCUUGACCUGGCACCCAGAGGGCUCUGUGCAUGUGUUUAAGAUAGAGGCCUAACCAAUAAAACCCACUGAAGCUGUGACUUCUGACUCUACUGACCCACCACAACCACAGGAGAUGGCUUGUAAUGAAGCCCACACAGUGACUGGGAUUGCUACAGAGCACACCAGCUGUGAUCUGAAAGAGAGCAUCAUGCUAUGAAAGAAAAGAAAAUCUUUUUCUUAGUUGUACUUUGCCUUCUAAAAGGGCUUCUAAUUCCACAUCUAAAGACAUCCAUUUCAGAUUCUACACAUAGAUUUACUUGUGUUUCAUGAAUGAGACCCCAUAUUUGUAUGCAACCAGAUUCAAUUUAAAAUCUGUCACUGAUUUUGUUGUUUUCUGCAGCCUUCAGCUAUCGGCUCCAUGGCUCUCACAGAAGGCGCUCUAGCCAAUCACGGGCUGAGCAGGGUGGUGUACAGCGGGCCGCACCUCCAGAGGGAAAACUUCACAGCACAGAACAGGUAAGAAGCCCGCUGCAUGGACUUGUUUUCAAAGCAAAUGCAUGGACUUCACACUUCAAGGAGAGAGAACAGCCUGCACUGUAGUUUUUUUUUUAAUGUUUUUAUUGGUAAAUCAAAAAUGAAGCGUGCAGCAAAUACCCGAGGUUAUCUUUGUAGUCCUCCUAGUUUGAGUACCUCAUCCCUUCAGACGUUCUCAGUGAUAGGUAGUUUAGUCUUCACCAGAGCUAAUCAUGUUAUGUGUGCUUCACUAAAGGCUGGGAGGCCCAUGGCAGUUGGCUUUGCUUUGAUGUUGUUGCUAUUAGAGUUUCCUCAAUUACAGUAAUGAGGCCAGUGUGCAGCCAGACUCUGAAGGUCAUGGUUUGUUGUUGAAUAUCCUCUACUGUUCCCGGCUGUUUUUUUUUUAAUUUGUUCUAAUCUGUUUCAUACGAACUGAACAAAAACCUUUGUUUGUAAAAUGAGCUUUUUAUCUUGCAAAAUCAGUUUGGUUCAGCCGGAUCAUUGAAAUGAUCAAUGAAAGCAGUCAUUAUUAGAACUUUUUGGCUGAAGUGUCCUACCAGUGCAUAUAAAAUAGUUUUUUUUAAUGUUGGAUUUCAUCUUUUAUAUAUGUGGAGUUGAAGUAUGUGUCUAACUUGUGAGUUUGAAGCCUUGUUACAUCCUGUCAGUGUAGCUGGACAACAGUUGUGCCAUUUAAAGGUUGUGUUUUUGUUUAGAUUCGAGGUGCUGACCUUCCUGUUGCUGUGCUACAAUGCUGCUCUGAGCUACAUGACAUCCACCUCCCUCCAGUCCCUCUGCCAGCUCAGCUCCAGGUGAAACGCACACCACCCACACACACACCCACACAGACGCACACACAUAUAUAUAUAUAUAUAUAUAUAUAUAUAUAUAUAUAUAUAUAUAUAUAUAUAUAUAUAUAUAUAUAUAUAUAUCUCAGAAGAACUUAAUAUCAUCCUGCAGUGACCUAUGGCUCACUUUGUCAUGAAGGCUGGAGAACUCUGCUCUCAUUCUGGAGUAUUAUCAUGUGACCUUUGUGCCAGUUUUUGAUCGUCAGUAUUUCUGAGAAGGCUAUUUCCGCACACACUCACAGACGCACACGGACGUAACCACAAUAUUUUCCAAAGCCUUGCUUAUCUGAUCCUCUUAUAUACUUUACUGCCAGUGAGAGCCAAGAUACCACUAUUCGGCAAAGAGCUGUUAUGAACACACCCAGCUAUGUAAUUCUGAUGAUCUGCCAACUAGAGUUGAGCAUGUCUCUGAUAAGCACAGAGAGAGAGAGAAGUGAUAAGCCUUGAUUUCCCUUCAGACAGUUUGCUGUGUACAGUAUAUCACAGCUCCUACUGCUCAGGUGUUAUCCUGUCCAAUUGAAUAGACACAUUUAUUCCACUGGAGUGGGUGUAAAUAUGUAAUUAUUUCCACUCAUUUAUGAAAUCUGUGUGGAAAUAAUUAACCUUCUUGAUUUAUCCUCUGACAUUGUACAGUAUUUCAAAUCCUGUGGGAAAUGUUGUGCACCAUUAAUAAAUCAUCAUGUAGCGUGCGUUGAGGAAGUGAAAUUGCCUUGAUGGAACUGCGGCCGAGCGCCUCAGCGGAGUGUUUUCACUUAAUCAAGCGCCUCUAUUGUGUUUUCCAAUGGUUAUCUUCCAGGGUGUGUAUAUGCGGUUACCCACGGCAACAGAUACGGCGCUACAAGGGCAUUAGCACACGGCUUACAGUCACAUCAGAGUUCCUGGUGCAGCUCAUCACGGGGAUACAUUACGCUUUGUGAGUGCACAAUCAUGCCUGCAAAAACUGAAACUGCAAAAAUGUAUUUCAAGUAAAAGCACACUGAAGUAGCUUGAAUAAUAAAAAGGAAGAGGAAUGUGUACUUUUUUAAUUUGUGCAUCUGGCAACCCAAAAAUCAGGGUCCUUAGUGAGUCCAACAUUUAGAGUAAAAUGUGUUUCCAGGAGUCAUCCCUGUGUUUACAAGUCAACUCCCAGCCUCAGCGUUACACUUUACUCACAGUUCAGAUUCAUAAUGAUCCUCUUUGGUUCUAAGCAGGGGAGUGAUCUGCAGACAAAAUAAAUAUUCCAUUAAAAAACAACACAUGAGGACUGUAGCUCUACUUGUAUCAGUAUCCGUUUGAUGCUCUUAGUGCAGACAGGAAAUCCAGCAAGGCGGCUUUUAGCCAAGAUGGCUCCAGUGUCCAUCCAGUUGAUAUAAUGUUAACAUUACCGUCAAAAAUAUCCUCAUAAUUCAAAAGCAAUGAGCAUUAACUUCAGUCUGCUGCUUAGCUCCCCUCCACUGUUUUCUUUUUAUAGACCACAUCUACUUAUCUCACUGUUUGUCUAAGAGCAGGUUUGACUGAUCAUGCCAUAUUAAUUAUGUCCCAAUGUUUUGUUUAUAUCAGGAUUCCCCUUUUAUGAUGGAUUUUCUGGCCAGGUUUGGUUGCUCAUCUUAUCUGAUUUUUUUUUUCUAAAAUACUCCAAACAUGCUGAUUUGUAUUUGUCAUAAAUCAUUUUGGCACUUGGAGGCAAAUUUACUUCCACAUCUUCAGUCUAGACCAAAAUCUUCCCUGAGAUUUGCAGUCAGUCUCAGCUCUGAUCAGAUAAUGAGGCUUUUACCUCAUGUUACUGACCUGGGCGCUUGGUGUGUACAUAUAUUUUGGUACUUCAAACAGAUGUGUUCACAUACAGAGAAGUAUAUUUAAUCUGUGUUUUUAAACCAUAGUUUGUGUGUUUUGAAGUGAUCACAUGUUUGUGUCUGUUCAGGUGUAAUGGGGAGGUUGAUCUGGGAUCCAAAGCGCUGGAUGAUGUCCUGUAUCGUGCCCAGCUCGAGCUGUUCCCUGAAGCUCUGUUGGUGGGUGCAGCCACUUUUUGUUUGAGUAUUACAUCUCCUUUGUUUGUGUGUGAAUGUGUGUGUGUGUGUUUUGGAGUAGAUGUGUGUGUUUGAAAGAGAGCAUGUGACUUUCACGCACAUGCCCGCCUGUAGUUUUGGUUCACACACUGCACACUAUGUUGUAUUGUGAUGGCCUCUGUGUGGGUCAGCGACUGCAAGCAGUGUAAUCCCACUAGAUUAUUUACAUGCUUUCCACUCUGCUCAGUUAAGCUAUAAUCCUUGAGGCCCAGGGAGUGGAGGAUCGGACCUAAGCUCAGAGUAUUACUACACAAGUCAAGGUGUACUGCUCCACAACAAUCAAAACACCACCACCUUAAUAAGGAUGGGUGAUGGGAUUUGAAAACACUGUUGAAAAUACGGAAAAAGCUGCGUGGACACAUGCCAUGAGCACACACAGACUCUCAUGGCUUACAAGUUUGUUUUGUCUGGUUUUUUGUGUGUUUACUUGUUGCCUUGCGUCACACCAGGUGGCUGCUAGCUUAGCAUAGCUGGAUGACGUGUUCACCGCGGAGCCAAUGGGAUGCAGACUUGCAAAAAAAAGGCAUGUGGUGGUGUUAUUAUUGCAGUGCUGUCUGCCUCCGUGCCAACAGUUGAACACGAUCAUCAGGACGAGGGUCCACUCGAGGAUUUUCAGAGGGAGCAGAGAUUAUUGUGGAAAUGAAGUGAAACACAAAGCAUGUUUGUUUUUCUUUAAGCACCAUUCUGUGCAACUCAGUUUGCACUAAGCUCUGAGGUUUAUCCCUGUUUACAAAUCUGUUAGAAAUGGGAUUAUGAUCGGAUGUUAUUUGUUCGGUCACAUGAUCUUCAACUUCCAUCUGAUUUAGGAAGAAAAACACUUCUGAGAAGUAUCAGAAAUACUUUUCAGUAUACUUCAAAUACUUCUCAAAGGUAUUUUGUUCAGAGCCAGGACUUUUACUCGUUUUCUCUGUUUGAUGCUGAUGAACUUUUAAAAGCAGACUUCACCAGUAGAAAAUAAAAUGAACUUAGAGCCUUUGUUGUUCUUCUUAAAUCUUAAUAUUCCUGUAAAUCACCUUCUUGUACCAACUCAUACAUCAGCCUUUCAGUGUGCAUCAAUACAGUCUCAUUUUAGACAAAAGGAGGUUUAUAAGUGACAAUAUCUUCUUUUUUCAUACCUGUUUAACAAGUUCAAAAAAAUCUUCCAUACACUCUCUGCCAUGCCCUCUUUUUGGAGAAUGAAAUUUUACAUGAGAAAGCUGUAAAACACUGAAAAGCACUUUACAUUCAUCUGAGAACUGUUUGCAGUCUUUGUGCAGGAAGUGAAUUUCUCAAUCUAAGUUGAACAAAACAUUCUGUCCUUGAAAUUGCCAAAGUAGAUGAUUUGUAUACGAUUUGCAUUUACAAAGCAAGAAAAAGCAACCUGCUACACCCGUUUAUGUGCAGUUUCAAGUUUAGAGACAGCUGACAGCAUGUCGAAUAUUUUGACUGAAAGGAGGCCUUAAAUUUGAGCCUUUUCCUACAUUGUCUUUUUUUUUUACAUUUCAUACCACUUGAGUGUUAAACACAUCAGUUCAGUCAGUCAAAAUAGGUGUGAGUUUUCUUUCACUGGGCUAUUUUGCCUCUUAAAAUGUUUAUUUUCUUGUUUUUUGGCUUCAUUCAGAGAGGGUAUGAUGGUGGAGAGAGUAGGAAACAAGGAGAGUGAGAGAGCAGGGAGUGAUGUGAGAAACUGAGGAAUUCUGCUUGUGCUUUAUGUUUCACUGACAGAGCUCUUAAAAAACAUUGUCCCUGCUGACCAGAUUCACCAAACUUGAGUAUUUUUAUUGGUGUACCAGGAGUUUAAUGUCUUUAAUUUGUUGGAUCUCUUACUGUCAUCAUUUGCUCUUCUCUUCUCAUCUCCCACUCCUUGUACGCUUCUCUCUGCCUUCAGGUGGGUAACGCCAUCAAGUCGUCGAUGCACAGUGCGGCAUUGAAGAGCAACAACAAAGAGGGCGCACGGAGCAUCCAGGUGGAGAUCACACCGACCUCCUCCAGGAUCUCCAGAAAUGCUGUCACGUCUCUCUCUAUAAGGGGGCAUCGCUGGAAGAGACACGGUGAGAUUUGAACACAGGCUGGCAAAGAAAUUCAGAUGUGAGGAUGCAUGUGGGAGGAAAACGACUGCAUGCACUCACCACAUGCUUGAAACAAUAUCACAGACAUAUUAAAAUCCGUCCAAAAAGAGAAAAAGCAGAAGAGACUUUGUUAUUCGUUCGCUCUACCAUUUCGAGUCAUUGUGUACACACGUGUUGUCGUCAUCCCUCUUCAGUUUGCUAGCAUGAGCUGUCCGCCUCCCCUUUUAGGAUCCCUGAUCUGAGCUUGAGAGAAGUCAGUGAGAAACAGGUAGACACAGCCACACAGUGCAGACAGAUCAGAUCAGAUCCAGAGAGCAGGAAGUGCGUUAAAAUAAAAGAUCCUGAAUAUUUACGGUGUGGUGUAAUAAAGGACCUAUGCCAGUGAAAGGAUUUAGAGGAAAAUGUGUACCAAUCAACCGUAAAGUCACUGAUGAUAACAGACUGUAACAGUUUGUAAAAAGAGUGUUUCUUCCUUAAUUGUAGAGUGCAGAUGAAGCAGGUCAAUUACAGCUCUCUGUUUGUUUAAUGAGGGGGUUUUAGUGUGAGCGUAACGCCCUGUUUUCAUCUCAUGAAUCCUGCCGCCUGUAUCAGAGCUGCCUGUUAAUAUGUUGGGCUCCUCUCAAGAGCAGAUGCUGGAGGAACUUAUCCUCAAAUAUUGCUAGAGUGUGGGAGAGAGACAGAAAGGUACGGUGUUUGUAUUUGUCUCCAUGUAGCAUGUUUUUUGAUCACCUGUUCUGUUCUGUAAUUAUGAUUUUUGUCUUUUUAUUUUUCUGCCAUCACAUUGAUAACCUCUGUGUGUGUCUUGUGUCCCUGUGAUCGUGUGUGCCUGUGCACACGACCGUCUCUCUGUCCCUUAUGUAUGUGUGCAUGAAACCCGUCUGUCUGUGUCUGUCUGUCUCUUUGUCUGUAUGUAUGUAUGUUUGUAUACACAUGCCCCGCCCCACCAGAGUCCCAGGAAGUGAGUGUAGAAAUUGACGCUGCACAGGGGGGCGUGGCCAUCCCAGAGAUCAGUGUGACAGGUGUGAGCGGCGAGCGCAUGGCCAACGGAGACUCCUUGCGGCCACGCCCCGAGACCGACAUGAUGGGCAGCGCCUCUGAGGUCAGCCCGGACCCCCGGGUACACGACUCCGGCUCACGGGGUCAGGAGGUCAGGAGGCAGAAGUCUGUGAGGCGGAUGGUGGAGAACGAGGGGUUAGCCUCCACAGGGAGGAGCCAGUACUAAAGCCCCCUCCUUCCCCCCUGCCCCGCUCCUGGGGUAACCUAGGUAACCAUGUGUAAGGGCGCGGUCUAAGAAGCUGCAUGAUGACUUCCCACUUUUACCUUUUUCGCGCUGGCCUCCACCAACCUUGCACUUUUCCUCUCAUUUGUCUAUCAAUCGUCAUUGAUUCAUUCACUCUCUCCUUUGUGGCUGAAGCUUUCUCACCAAGAGCUCCUGCUGAGGGGAUCAAACCCAAUUAAUUAUUAAAGAUCUAACUAAAUAACAGAUCAAUAACCUGAUAAAAGAUGCAUUAUAAUGAAAUGCGCUUGGCUGAAUCACAAAACCCUAUUGUAUCAGGGCAUUGUUGACUUGGAGGACAUAAACAGAGGCUAUAAAAGUUUGACAUACGUAUACUUGAGUUCUAAAAGUCACAGCUGUAUUUAGGUCAGUGGUUCUCAAGUCUAGUCCUCGAGGCCCACUGUCCUGCAUGUUUUGGAUGUUUCCCUGCUCCAACACACCUGAUUCAAAUGAUCAGCUCGUUAUUAAGCCAUUACAGAGCUUGAUAACGAGCUCAUCAUUUGAAUCAGGUGUGUUGGAGCAGGGAAACAUCCAAAACAUUCAGGACAGUGGGCCUCGAGGACUAGACUUAAGAACCACUGAUUUAGGUUCUUGUUUAAUUAGAGUUAGCCUCAUUAGCAAAAAGCCAUGAUCACUGACCAACAAAACCCUCCAGGUGAUCCCAGUCUUGCUGUACUCCACACAGUGAUCGUCUCAUGAGUUUAUUUCUUGUACUUAUUCCUGGUUUUCACUGGAGGGUUCAGUGAGCUUAAAACACACCUCAGUACGCCUCGACAUGUUACCCCCCGUGUUGCGCCACGAAACAGAUUACUUCCUUCUGACUUGUAGCUAGAAGCUGAGGAAAGAUAUGCAGGUCUGAUUAUCUAAAUGCUCAGUGACGACUGACCUGUUUUGAACCAUGAACGAUUUUAUCAAGACCUGCCUAUCUGUCUGCACACCAGCUGUUUACAGGUGUUCUGUUACCAUGGUAGCAUCAGAUCUAAAGUGUGUAUUUGUGUAUAAAGUGGGUUGUCGGUGACUCACGCAGGUGGAUGCAUGCCUUUAAAGAAAGCAGGAAAGAUUUCAGAGUGUGUGUGUAGAGACAGAAGUGAACAGUGUUUUUAGGUUUGACUCUCUCUGCCUUCUUCUACUUUCCCUCUGUGGUUUUUCCAAGGCUUAAGUCUUUUCCUGCCUUCGGGUCAAACAUGCACUCCUCUGCCAAUAAACCUCUGACUGAUGUCUCACAACCCUGCUGGUUAAUCUAACCUGUGUGUAAGAAAGAUCUCGCACUGUAUGCAGGUGGCGAGUUGUCCCUGUAAGCGGAGGCUGCAGUGUACAGGCGCCACCUGCUGGACAGUGUCAGAACUCCUCUGUCAUGCAUCCUAUCACAAAUAUUAUGUCCAGGAAUUUGACACUUCUAACACCCUAUUAAAUUCUCACUUUUAAUGAUCAAUAUUUUAAACUUUUGAUUGGAUCGGUUGGGCUGGAUGACAGACGAGUUAUUUUCACCUCCAGGUUUAUCCUGAUUUUCAUUUCAGUCUCUGUUUUCUCUCCCUCUCUCUGUCCAACAGACGCAGUGGAUCUGGGUUCCCCGGAUGAGCUGAUGGAUAUUUCAGAGGUGGAUGAAGGGGUGUGGCCAGGUGGGGUAGGGCCUGACAUGACCCCUCCCACCAUCACUAUCAGCAACAGCGUUACUACGUUGAACCUUGGGGCCAAAGCCAUGAAGAAGUGUCGGCUCGGUGGGCGCUCCAGCAAGGACAAGGACAAAGAAGCGGGCCCUUUAACAACCGGCCGGGCUGCCAGUGAGUGUGCAGAACUGUCUAUCAAGCGGCUGACGCUCACCUCCAGUCAAUCGGUGCCCAAGGCGGGGGCUCUCACCAGCCUGACGCGCACUGCCAGCGCCGUCUUCUCUCGCUCGUUUGAGCAGGUGGCAAGUGGAAACGCUCCUCCUACCAGUAACCACACCAUCUCUGAAGCUGGCCGCUACUCGUGCAGCCUGCAGGAGGAUGGGCUGGGGUACUUGAGCCCGGCGCCAAACCACACGCAGCGCUCCCCUAGCAUCAGCGUGCACCUUGGCUCUGACCUUUGAACCCUCUGUGAAUCCUCGAUCCUGUGACCCUGUACCUGUGACCUGGAACUCCAAGCCAUGCCAACGAAAACAGACCACAAACAAGCGGGCGAAAACUCCUCCCAGUUCCCCCAUCACUCCGUUUUAACGUCUUUGAUUGUCUGUGCUGCUGCCUACUCUGUGAACCAACCUGGAGCUUCUUCAUCUCCCCCCUGCUCCCCCCUCUCUCCCCCAGCAGAGUCUCCUCUGAGCCUUGGAUGUCAGGGGCUUACCACUCCAAGCUUCAACUUUUUGUACUAGUGCAGUGAAGCUGUGCCGGGACUGAACUGCGCUCCGUUGCAGAGCCGCACGUCGUGCACUGAGAACUCCUUACUUAAAGAACUGUGUGGAAAAGUAUUUAAGAAAUAUUUGAAUUGGCAUUUGUUGCCCUGCAUGGCUUUUCCAUACGCCCAUCCUGACCCCUGGUCCGUCAGAGGUUAGGUGCUGAGUGUGUGAGCAUGCUUGAGUGUGUGUACUCUGUGUGAAUGUGUUUGUGUGUGUACAGUUGUUGUUUACAACAGAGGCUGCUGAUUGAUACAAUGAACAAGGUAUGAUUCUUCAACUUGAAACACGUGUUUCUACUACUUUUUUUAAGAGAAUAACUGAUCCCUACCCAAAGCAAUACAAACUUCUCCUGCUCAGUGUUUUCCAGUGUUUGGCAACAUGACCCAAACGCUUUUUUAACACUCCAAAAUCUCCAUUCUUUUCUUGAGAGAGUAAUGAAAAUCUAGCACUCCGUAAUCAAGCAGUAUGAUAAUAUGCGGCUCUUUAUGUUUACAACUUCACAGUAUUGUCAUCACGAUGGAGAAGCAAUAUUUGUGUCCUUCCUGCCCUCUCACUCCUCUAGCACUUUCCUGAAUUGCUGUGUUUUUGGCACAAUUAAAGAUCCAACUUUGAAAAUUAAUAAGGUUUCUGAUCAGGGGUAGAUUGGGUGUGAGUGAUUUGUUAAGUAUUGAAUUUUGCACUUGAGAUCAAAUGAGUUGUGAUUUCAACUUUGGUAUUUUCUUAUGAUGAACAAGAGAGGUUUGACUCUCCACUAUAUUUUCCUGUGAGAUUCUGAACAUGCUUUGUUGCUCUGUUUGAUUUACACUGGUCUUCACUGAGGUAAAAUAAUCUAGUCAGAUCUGAGAUAAGUCUUACAGAAAACUAUACCUGUACCGAUCUUUGUGUAAUCUGCAGUUUAUAGGGCAACAAGGCAUCUUUCCCCUUCGUCCGAUCCACCCUGUGGUCCAGCUGUUUGUAGUACUUUGGUGAUGUGUCGUCUGUUUCCAUCAACGCUCACAUCACACCAUAAAACAGGGUGAUCGCUCUUGUACCAAAUAAUUCAAUUAAACUCCACCCACCUGCUACAUUCGAUGUCCAAAAUCAAACAUUCAUGCUGCCCCACCUUCAAGCAAAACCGUGUCCUGUUGUCUGUAUACUAGACCUGUCCAGUGUCCAUUAAGUAGCUUGGUGGGAAAUUAGCAAUCAAAGUGUUUCUGUAUGUGGGUUUACAGAGUGUUUCUGGGUAAGUUCUUGUCGUACAUCAUACUGUUGUACUGAAGUAAGUUUAUUUUGGCCUUUCUAUGUCUGAAGAUAACUCACUGCUACAACUUCUGGGAAUAAAGUGUUUAUAUAUUUCACA